AUGCUUUAUGCAAACAAGCUAUUUCUACAUGCACAACAAAUGGAACAAAUUGUGUUGGAAUUACGUUAUGCUCAGAAACUAACACUGAUGGAGGUUGUGUUAAUAAUAUACAAAAUAUAUCAUCUUUAUAAUCAAUUUUUAAUAAUCCAAACACUUACCUCACAUGAUACUUAUUUAAAUUAAUUUAAGUUCAUGUGUUAGAAUGUACUCUAUUUUUUAUAAUGGUUGUUUUAUAAAAUUCAUUUGAAAAAAUAACUGAAAAAAUAUUAUCAUUCCAUGAUCGAUGGACUUAUUGAAAUAUUUAAUACAGCUCUUCUUUAGAGGUAACUAUUCUAAUAAACCUAUAUUAUAGUUAAAUUAAUAAAUAGCUGUGAUAACAGUUACAAAAUUAUUUCUAAAAUAAUUGCAGUACAUAUAGUGUCCUNGUAAAUUCUGGAGGUACCGCUUGCUAAACUAUGGUAUCUAAAUGUGCUGAUUAAACUUCAACUACUUGCCUUUACUCUGUUGAAGGAGAAUGUGUAGUAGUAGGAACAUCAUGCGUACGAAAGACAUGCGAUACUGCAGCAACAGAUGCUACUCGGGAUGAUGACUCUGAAUGUUCAGCUUACUAAUAAUCUUGUACUGUUGCUAGAUUAGGAGCUUGCCAAGCCAGAGCAGCUUGUGGUGCUUACAAAUCUUCGCUCUAAUGUAAGUUUAAUACCAGCGGUGGAAAAUGCUUUUGGAAUCCAACUAAUAAGACAUGUGUUGAUUUGAAUUGUGGUAACAUUGAAGCCACAACCUCAUACGAUACUCAUAAUGAAUGUGUUGCUGUUGAUUCAACACUUGCUUGCACAGUCAGAGCUACAAAUGCUGCAGCUGUUUAAGGUUGUAUGGCAAGAGGAGCAUGCGCUUCAUAUACCAUUGAAGAACAAUGCAAAACUAAUGCAAGUAAUGGUGUUUGUGUUUGGAAUACAAAUGCAAAUUUAUCUUCACCUGCUUGCCAAGAUAAAUCUUGUACUAGUGCUCCGACUUCCACUACAACCCAUAAUGAUUGUUUUGCUUAUUAUAAUACAGCAACAGUAAGAUGUACCGUUGUUGCUACUCCAAGCAAUAGUGGCGGUAGUCCAACUUUAGGAGGAUGUUAAUAGACUGCUGCUUGUUCAAGCUAUAUUGAUAAAGAAUAGUGUUAAAUAAAUGCCAAUGGAGAACCAUGUGGAUGGAAUGGUACUUAAUGUGCUGACAAAGCUUGCUCUACUGCUCCUGCAACUACAGAUUAUGAUGAUGAUACCAAAUGUAGAGCUUACUUAUCUAAUAAAUGCACAGUCUCAGAUUCUGGAUUAGGUUGUGUAGAUAUUCCUGCAACUUGCGAAACAAUGACAUAAAAGCAAUGUUAUUAUAAUAAAGCUGGGGAUCCAUGCUAUUGGACAGGAACAGCUUGUAUUACAAAAUCAUGUGACAAUGCUCCAGAUGCAACAGCCACAGCAGAGGAAUGCAAUACCUAUUUGGCUGGAUGUACCUUAGAUAAUGUUAAAAUGCAAGACUAAAGUUUGUGAAGAUUUUGCCUUUGCCACAGAUGCUUUAUGCAAACAAGCUAUUUCUACAUGCACAACAAAUGGAACAAAUUGUGUUGGAAUUACGUUAUGCUCAGAAACUAACACUGAUGGAGGUUGUGUUAAUAAUAUACAAAAUAUAUCAUCUUUAUAAUCAAUUUUUAAUAAUCCAAACACUUACCUCACAUGA